UCUCCUUUAAUUCGAGAAGCGUCUGCUGAGACAGUGAUUUUGUCGCCGCCUGCCAUCUUCCUUUGGAAGGGGCGAUGAAGUGAAGGAGGUGUGUCUGAGAAUGACUCAGCUCCAAAAUAAAGAUCACAUGGUCAAAGAUUUCCAAACGAGAUACACUGCCCUCUCCCGGUAUCAGUUGAUAUGGCAAAAAUAAGAGCAUACAGGGAGAAACCAUUCAUUCCGUGCGACUCAGACGUACACUCGCCGACUUGCAACAGUGCUAUGAAAAUACAUUUAACACAUCAACACGUUUAGAAAAUAGCAGUUCAAUCAGCUUCCCAGUUUAUGCAGGCUGCAGUGUACGUCGUUGGUAUUUUGUUCCCCUGUAGCUAAAGGAAGUGGUGCAGUCCGAUACUAUUGAAGGCAAAACUGGGAAGCGGUUUGUUUUCAGCUAGGAUAGAACGUUGCUGAUAGCUUGCAUUGCGGAACCAAAUUCUAGUGAGGCUGUGGCUGUUCAGUAUCCGCUUGCUUUCCUUUAAACUGUGUCGUUACUUGCCAUGGCUCUGUGCGGUGGUGUUGGAGCCAUGGCUUUACCAAGCGAGCUAAUCGUCCACAUCUUCUCCUUUCUCUCCGACCGAGACAAGCUGCGGGCCUCGGCCGUUUGUUCGCGAUGGAGGGAGUGUCUGUUCUAUCCCACCCUGUGGACCGAACUCAAACUCCGGAUAGGCGGCGGCGCAACCUCCGAGGAUUCUUUGAGGUUAGAGUUCCUCAUGCGGAAGUUCGGCGCUUUCGUGCGAGAACUGCAGCUGGAACUCGCUCCCGCAGAAAUCAGGCCCAGUUCCCUCAACAACGAGCCGCCCUCCACGAGAGUGGACCGGCCCCCAAGUCCGGACAACGACCCGCAGCCGUCCAAGCGAUGCAGAGACGCAAUGGCAACCUACUUAGACCAGGCAUUGUGUGUGCUCACCAACAUCCGCAAUAACAGGAACCUGCAGAAGCUGCGUCUGUAUGCCGACACACGUAUUUUCCAAUAUGAGAGACUCUUGGACAACUCCAACCUAUACCAGAUUCACGAGGGCCACAAGAAAAUCAACGAGAUACAGCGGUUGUUCAGGGAGUUGUUGUCUCACAGCAGACAGCUUAGGUGGUUGUCGUGUAGCUUUAUACUUGGUCUGGUGACUCCCUCCUCCUUAGCAUGCCUAUCGAAUCCUUCCUCUGAGACCCUGCGGCACCUCAGUUUGGUGGACCACCUGCAUGGUCCGCUUAUCUCACCAUCGGAGGUGGACCGCCUGUCUUCUCUUCAUUCUCUGGCUCUUGAUUUCUCUGAUCUGACUUCUGAGCUUUGUCGUCUGUUGGCAUCGCCCCACCGCACUCCGCUGCAUCGUCUCUCCCUGAUGCUCAAUGGCACCAUGGAGGUCAAGCCUUUAGAAGGGACAGCCACAGAUGAUGAUUGGAAGGCACUGGUACGAGUGAGUGCCAACCUGCGAGUGUACAUCAUGGUCGUGGAGGUCAGCAGCUCAGAGCUCCUCAGAGUGCUCAAGCCAAGCCUUCCACUGGAGCGCAUCCACCUGGACAGCAGUUACAACACACUCGUGACCGACGCCACCCUGGAACUCAUCGCUCAGCAAUACAACAAAACACUGACGCACUUACUUUUACUGAGUGGUGACCCUGACUACCCGGACCUCAGUGUCAAUCGCAAUGAAGAUCCAUUGGUCCUCUUGGCUUGGAGGUGUACUCAACUGGCUGUGCUUAUCAUUCACGGCUACACCGUGUGGUCUCAUAACUUGGUGGCAAUCGCUCGGCUGCGGGGAUCCAGUCUUCGUGUCCUGACUGUGACUGACGAGUGCAUCGACUGUGAUCUGGACCAGCCGGUCUAUCUGGAGGGCGAUCCGAUUGAGAACAUGCUCAAAGAGGUCUCGCUGGGUCUUGGCCGAGCGUGGCACCCAUGUUUGGAUUACAGCGUUGUUUUGAUCGAGCCCACCCAGCACUUCCAUCAAGAGCUGCAUGCCUUCAGCAUGGGCAUUUAGGCAAAGGAUAGCCAGUCCUGAAAAACCACAGCCUGAGCUCGACCAAGGCCAGGCCAGACUAACCAAGUGCACAUCAGCGCUCUCCACGCUCCGCCAAUCUAAUCUCGAUUUGAACCAAGGAAAACCGGAUAAUUCCCAGGACAAAUCAUGCCGUUCGCUCGACAUUUGGCAGAUAACAUACAAAGCAAAUCGUCAUUUCCACACAGAUUUCUGGUACCUGUACAAAUUCUUGGGUCUUCAAUUUCAAACUAAGGAAUGGGUCAUUGCUUUCCUGUCCUAUAGGGCCCAUUCUGGCCUGGUCUUGCUCAACGGCACGAAACGUUUUGCCAAAACCCGGCUCAUGUCAUACACCCCAGAGCCACUGGAUGUUGUUACAUUUUAAAAUACCUUCUUUCUCCUGCUCCCAGGUAGAACAGGACGGGGGAGGAUGCUUGAUGAAUAUGUCUCAGAAAAUUAGUGGGAAAAUACUUUGUGUAUGUGUGCUCAGAUCCAAGUGAAAUAGCUUUAGUUUUUCAAGUUUUUAUUCCGAUUCGAUUUUUUUUUUUUACCUUGUCGUUUUGUCUGUUAUCUGCUCUGACGAAAGUUGUUCAUGUACUGAUCAGUUCCUGGGUAACAGCCUUUUACUACGUGGAAUAACUAUAGCAGCAAAAAAAAAUAAUUAUAACACAAAUUAAAUGACUGUUGAAUAGUUCUCAGCAUAGUCUUGUCCGUGCCACGCCUCCUCAGGUGAUUGGCCAGAUCGCAAGAGUUGCUUUUCACGUGGAAAUUGGUCAACUUUAAAGGUGGUGUCAUGGAAAUCCUUGGUACGCGUUUGCCUGCAGCACACUUUCCACCCUAGCGACAUUUAUUUCAAAACUUCCCCAGUCGUUAAAACGAGGGAGUCUUGUCUUCCAGUAGGUGCUCAUGGCAAAGAUCAGCGUCUGAGAGAGCAUACCCACUGUUUAAUUAUUAUUUAUUAUUUUUUUAAAUUCGUGAUCAGCAGGCAGUUAUUCACUUUUCUUACUAAUUUACUUGGCUAUGUCUCGUUGAGUUCAAGACCUUUAUCCCCAUGUGGGUAUUUGUACGUGCUACUAUGGGAGCAACGGAAAGGCUCCAUAACAGCAAGCACGCAAUAAAUGAAUAGCAAAGCGCAAAAUGUUGCGUGAAAACGAUUGUUCCUUCCCCACAUCAGCGAUUGAGGACUAUGUUGCUCUCUGACAAGAUUUGUCUGAAGUCAAAGCUUUACAAAGAUGGCAAAAUAGCAUCGCUAGCUUGUACAGUGCGGGUGCAGCUUUGUCUGUGGGAACCUGGCAUUUUUGUGACACUUUAUGAUUAAGAACAGCGUCAAAAGAAAUUAAUGAUGCCCUGAGUGCGAUUAGGUGCGUCUGUUGGACAAUCAGACGAUUGUUUUGUGCGACAGAGUUCAGAGAGGUUGUCACAAUAGCUCAUUUUGCGGUACAACUCUGAGAUGAUUGAGAGAAAAAAACAGUUGAGCAUUGUAGAAUGAACUCUUGUAUGAGGAAAAGAAAAAAAAGGCACAAUGUAGUUUGGAGUGCGAUGGCUCAUGACUGUGUUGGCAAGUUUUGUGUUAGUCUCAGGUAAAGCUUUUAACAACCCUUUGGCUGGGACGCAGGUGUGGAUUAUGUCGAUAAGGGUGUGUGGAAACAAUCACAGUUCUCGGAGAUGCUCUUUUUACUUUGAAGAUCCUCUUGAGUCACAGUUGCCUUGGAGAUCAUCCCCGUUUGCCGGAAGCGGUUAUUUAUUGCGCCGAUUAUUUCUUUUUGACGUCCAACGGGCACUCCGUUUUCGGUAGAUUUGUUAGCGAACCUAAGCAUACAUUUGUUUUCAACGCAUUGGGUUCAUAAAGGCAGAGGAUUCUGUCACCAGUAGAUGGAAGUAACAGCUACCGUGGAGUGUUUGGGAAUCCAUGCUGUGAGUAGAUGGCCUACUCCUGUCAGAACUGAAUGUAGUCCUGUUUUGGGGCAAUGCGGAUCAUGUGCGCGAUCUGGCAUUCCACACUGAAUUAUGUCCGUUUUGUCCACAGGCAAAUCCAAGAAACGUAUAUGUUGUACUAGCUGGGUUUUCCAGGCCCAGAAUGGUUUCCUUCUGUUGGUCAGGUCAGUCCUGUACGGCACCGGUGUUUACGUGAAGGCUUUUUUCUUACCGCAUGACCUCUUGGUUGCAGGUUAUUUCACUGAUCUGUCGAUGGGCAGAGAGUUUCCUUCCCCAGAUGGCUUUAGCGCCUUGAUUGGUGUACCCGUCAUGGCUCACAUUGCCAAAUAUGAAGAUCCAUAUCAAGAUCUGUUGUGUAUAUGUGGUAAAGUUGUCUGCAUUCAGCGCAUGGGCAGAUGUGCUGUCGCAUGUUUGGGGAAUGACUGAGAUACUGGCUGUCAAUAAUUUGUCGGAUGACAAUGGGACCAUGAUGGUUUAGCCACGAUAAUCUCGUUCUUGGUCCGUAUCUCAGGAUUGUUGCACUUUGGGUAUCAAGAGGGUUUUUUUUUUCUUUUUUGGCUUCUGGAUAGAGAAGCUUGUGAAUACUGAAGAGAGCCGAGCACGAGCAGCAAAACACCUGUUGACCGGAAAAUGAAUGGAUGAGUAUUUGUAUUUGGCAGUUUGGUGUUCUUACAGGGUGUACUAGGGAUGGGGAAUUCAAAGCAAUGUAUACAUUUAUAAACUAGGUCUUUAUUUCACACAGCAAUCUCAAUUUUAAGAAGGCCUAAUUUCAAAAACAAAUGUGUUUUAUGAAUUCCAACAUUUACACUUUGACCUGCCCUGGGAUUUUGUAUUUCCUCUAUCUACUAAAGUCACUGCUUUCUUUGCAGAGUCAUUGCCAAGAAUAGAGCUACUGCAAACUAGUCAUUGGGGUAGGGUUUUUGAUUGGAUAACUUCAUUAUCGCAUCGGACUUACCGGUAUAUUCAGUUUUUUUUUUUUUUUUUUUAAUAGCUGAGACAGUUUUGAAAAAGAAUUGAUUGAAUUUAGAAAAAAAAAACUCCAACAAAACAAGUUAUUUCUGUCGCUAAUAAUGUGUUUGUCACAUAGAAGUAUUCUAAGAUAGACAACAAUACCGCAGAGGAAGAUGUAGUUCCAAAUAGCUGUCUCAUUGAAAGCUAAAAGCUUCUUUUUUCUUCUUCUUCUUCUUUUUUUCCACUUGCAACUCUCCUUUUCUCGCUCAUGUGAUUUGCCCAGUAGAAACGGAGUAAAGUGUGUGUGCGCGUCCCCGUAUAAUAGUAUAUGUUUUGUGCUUGUGUGUACAGUGUGUCGUUAGCUUGCUCAUGCUCAGUAAACCUCGCAUGUCAUGCAGCAGGAUGCCGGAAGAGUAGCAAGUAGCUCUCAGGGUACAAUCUGUUAUCUACGAGGAGGGAUAAAAACAAUCGCUCAGGCCUCUAGUUUGCUCAUGAAACUAGUAGAGUAGUCACAACUGUGAUGUUAAUGCUGCCAAAGACCAUAAUGGAGCAAAACGUGUCAAUGACAUUUGAAGUGCCCGAAACGUCACAUACACUGGCAGCAAGCUGGUCCAGUAGUUUUGCUUUUAAAGUUCACAUUCUAUUUUCUAUUUAUUUUUUGGUCAUUUCUGCCACGUCAUUGUUGUGUUUCUUGCCCGCAAGCUUUUCCCUGUGAGAAAUACUAGAAGUUACUGCACUAGUUAGUGUGUCUCAAGCAUGUUUGGAGCUUUUAUUGUUGGAGGGAAAAUGAAGAAAGCAGGCGGAGCACAUGUGAGGGGAAAAAAAAAUCCUCCCAAUGUUGUUGGCUACUGUUUUAAUUUGUUUUAACAUGACGAAUACUAGUGGGAUUUCAUGAGUUCUAUUUUUAGUUACUGUUUUUUUUUGGGGGGGGGGGGAUCCAGCAUGUAUUUACUUCAUAAUAAUAAGUAGUAUCAUUGCUCAGCUUGAACAGACAUGCAUUUCUUUUCGAGCCUCACAUUAUGACUUCUAUUUUGUUUCCAUCAUAUUUUUAUUCAACUCUUAAGUGCAACGAGUGAAUGUAAAGGCAAGGAGAACAACGUGGGUGACAAAACACUUUGUCCAGGAAGUACAUUUGGGACAAAGUGUAGCAUCUCAGUGAGGGGAAAACCCUGCACUGUGGUGAAGUGAGCCAGUAUGAGAUUAAAUGCAACUAUUCCAAGCAGUGACAUUCCUUCACCAGGCUGGAACUGGAAGUUUUCUGGCCUCUCGGCCGCGGCGUGCGUGAUUUGAAAUGUAUUCGAUCAAGCCUGUCGUCACCUUUGUCGAAAGUGUUGAGGAGUCUGAGCUGAAAAGCAAUUUGCUGCUAGGAAUGUGAGGAACAUACCAUUCCAACAUAGGUGACUCUCAGGACAUCUCACUGACAUAGAAGCUGACGCCAAGAUUUCGAGCCUGCACGCAAAUUAAUGUGAUAGAGAUCCAACUAGGUAAACUAUAUAAAUAUAUAUUUUUACAUGUAUACAUAUGUUCACCGAAGCGGGUAUGUUUACAAAGAUGAUGAUGCAGCUUAUUCAGAUUAACCUGCUAUAAAAAAGCCCAAUGUGGUUUUGUUGUGUUUUGGUGCCAGUCUUGCUGGUGUCACCCACAAGAGCAAAACACCAGCAGCAAAACAAAACAGCCAAGAUUCGAACAGCCAAACCUUCCGUCACCGGGCCACCAGCUCGAACAACGGAGCUGAAGCAACCCAGCAAGACCAACGUGCUGUUGUUACCCUGCUGGUAGCUGGCGCUUCUUGGCACUUUUGUUUUGCUUUUGUUGCUGGUGACAUCGGCAAGACCAGCACGAAAAUGUAACAAAACCAUGCUGGUCUUGUUGGACAUUUUAGUGGGGCUGUCAAAAACCAGAGAAGCAGCUGGACUGAGCAGGGUGAAGCUGCGAUGCCUAGAGACACAUAUGAGAAGGCCAAGUGAUGAAAAGAAUGCAUGACUUGCUGGCCAUUUCAGGAUACUUUGCGUCCGGAACACAAACCCUCAAAUUUGAGAAAGCAGUCUACGAAAACUGCUGAAAGUCAUCAUCCAAGCUUUUAUCCACCCAACUUUGAGGAAGCUGGUUUUCAUAUUUCGUCCAGCUAUUGAUUCCUUGCACACACACAGUCACCCUGUGUUUCAAUCAGUGUCACCCAGUUCACUCAAUUUUGUCGGUUCUGUGCUUUAUAUAAAUAGAAAAGUCAUAGCGAGAUAAUGCGGCUUGUUGGGGGAUUCUGUUUUAGACAGCUUGCCUCAACAGCUGUUAUGAAACUUGCUAUCAAAACUGUAAAAAAAAAAAAAAAUCACAUCUGGGUUUGUGUUACCAGGACCGCACAUAUCGCGGGUUUGAUUAAAUGGGUCAAUUCCAACACUUUCAGGCUCAACCCGUGGUCAUGGGGAGGGGUGUUUUGUUUGUGUGUUACUGUAGUACCAAAGCAACAGACUGCAUCAGUCCAAUAACCACCGGAGGCCGAAGUCAGUUUCCUUCCACUUUGGAUCAUCAUCACUCCAGCGCAAUGACAGUUCCUAUCGUUACCUCUCAGGAUGUUCUCAACAUGUCGGAAACUGGUCUUACUGAAGUCCCACAUUCUUCUGAAUGCGUUGAUGACAAUAGGCAGUGUUUCCUCUCACAGUUUAAGCCGUCAGAUACUUCCUAUGUUUUUCCUUCAGCUGUAAACAACUACCAUUAAAUGCAUGACUCGAAAUGGGCUGGACUCUGGAUGGCUGGAUUCUCGCUAAUACUUUUUUUUUUUUUUGUUACACACUGGAUGUUCAUCGCACUGGUUAUGGGUCAGUCUAGAUUUCGACACAGCCACACGAAGAGCCUUAGAAGACAUCGCAGGUUCUCAUGUUCAGCAGUUAACUCUCCUAAAAGUUUUCCAACCUCUGCUUGUUUUUGCUCCAUCUUGUGAGUGUCUGUGGUGACGCACCUCGCUCUCGAGAAAACAUAAGCGGGUAACAAGUUGUCGAUGACAAAACCGGUCAUAGUGGUGGUCAUCACCAAAAUGACAAAUGUAGCUCUUGGCUGUCCCAUGAGAUGAGAAAUGGUCAGUCUCGGCAAACCGUCUUGAAUGCAAUCUUAAUGACUGCGGCGCUGAUGUUUCGAGAUGUUCUUGUCAAGUCUGAAGAGCCAAAGCUGCUAUUGAAACAGACAGACGCCCAGGCCUCACAACUAUGCAAGAGGAAUGCAUGUAAUCCACACUUUUUUUUUCUCAGUUCCUCGCAGUCACACAGAAACGAGGACAGAAAAUGAUAAGGACUUGCAAUGUCACUCGGCCUUAUGAUGAUUUCAGAAAUCGUAUUGUUUCCUUUAUAAGAUCUUAAGAUUCUGGUAAGCCAGCCCAGCGGAAGCAGCGGUGACGGCAGGCUCACUCUUGGUCUCUGUGAGACUGGCUCGAUGGCCCCAGUUUUAUCGUGGUACGAAUGUUGUGCAUUUGUUGAAAAUCAGGACAGUUUGCAAUAACAGCAGUAACUACAGCAGUGCUGAUAGAAAACCACAGAGGGAUGGAUGGAGAUAUAUAUACACAUGCGCACACGCAUACAUACUAUUGCAUGAAUACAUGUCUAGGUAAUGAAUAUGAAAUCAUCCAGACUUUGUACAUCAGCAGUUGUUUGGGUGUGUGUUUUGCAAAAAUGGUCUGAAAAUUACUGUUGAGUAUUCUGACAGUCACAUUUCUGUGCGUUUGUUUUACGGUUUGGACUUAACCGUGGCUUUGAACAUUUACGUCAGCAAUGGGGAUGUAAUGAUACCGAAACGUCACAAUACAGCAAUUAUCACAAUAUUGCGGCCAUGAUUUUAAAAAAGGAAAGAAAAAAAAAAGCUCACAACAACGGUAUAAAAGAUCAUCUUAUCAAAAAAAAAAAAAGCUUAUGGUAUUGGGGAAAAGAAGCACAAUAUUGUGUUUUUGUUCAUGACAGCAGUGAUUAAAAA